AGUUAACUUCGGUCUGAUAGAUAUGUCGGGCUGUACAUAUAUUUCUGAAACUUAAAUUUUUUUACUUACCAAAAAUCGCAGGUGUUGGUGUGGAGCUAGCACCGAGCGUGAUGGGACCACAAAUAUGGUUAAUUUGAUAUAUAGUGACCUAAAAGAAAGUCACAUUUCGUUCGCGGAUAUUCUUCGCCAUUCGAUAUGUGCUAACGAGGUGCAGCUCAACACGUAUUGCGAGUCUUGUCAGCGUUUCAGCACGGCGGUGGAAUCACGCAGGAUGUUGGCGCUCCCUGAUAUUUUAGUUAUUAAUUGUGGGCUUGAGUCGAACGCCGCGCUGGACAUCUGGUUGAGAAAAGGAGGAGGCAUACGCUCGGACGGACAAGGUCUGUCGGCAACAGCAUCCGCAAGAGCUGGACAAGGAGACAACCCCAAUAUUCAGUUCAUUAAUAAAAGAUGCAGAUUUGGCGAUAAAUGCAAUCGACGCAGCUGUCGGUUUUUGCAUUCUGAUACGUCAGAUCCCUAUACAGCUGCGCGAGGUGAGAGAGAAGGCAUCGGUUCAGGCCAAUCGUGGCUACCGUUUACACUUAACAUCAUUGUUAGAGGUGAUGGUACGAGUCCUACGGUGAGAGAAACCGAGAUAAACAACGGAGAUGGAAUUAACUAUGAGCUCGCUGCUAUUGUGUGCGUCAUACAUCACGACUCUCGCGAAAACAUAGUUUCACUGAUCAACGUUGGUGCCGGUUAUCAUGAACGACACCAUUCAUCUGGCAUGUCACACUGGUACGUGUUCAAUGACUUCACAGUUCACUCGAUCAAGGAAAGCGAGGUUGGGCAUCUGCCCGUCGACUGGAAACAGCCCUGCAUGCUAUAUUAUAUUCGCAAAGACAUCGCCCACAAAUAUAAGGAUCUCAAGGUAAUUUCACCGCUCACAGAAGAUCUUAUUCGUAAGGACACAUCCAUUCCGAGAAAUGCCUCAGCUCGCCUUAAGACGUUCACUCCUUUGUUAGAUAGCGAGCAGUUUAGUGCAGGAGAUAUUGUGGCGAUGGAUGCUGAGUUUGUCACAUUGAACCAAGAAGAGGCCGAAAUUCGAUCAGACGGAACACGCGCUACAAUCCGGCCGAGCCAAAGAUCAGUGGCGCGAAUUUCUUGCCUACGUGGCCAGGGCCAAAUGGAAGGCGUAGCAUUCAUUGAUGACUACAUCGCCACUCAGGAGCAGGUCGUGGAUUAUCUGACACAGUUCUCCGGCAUUCAGCCAGGCGAUCUCGAUGUAACUGUCUCGUCAAAGCAUCUGAGCACACUCAAGGCGACCUACCAAAAGUUGAGGCUGCUUGUGGACAAAGGCGUAAUCUUUGUGGGUCACGGACUGAAAAAUGACUUCCGGGUAAUCAAUCUCGUCGUGCCACAGGAGCAAGUGCGUGAUACUGUGUUGCUGUUUCAGCUGCGCAAUAAGCGGAUGCUGUCGCUGCGCUUUCUGGCAUGGCAUUUUUUCGGUGAGACGAUUCAGUCAGAGACGCACGAUUCGAUUGAGGACGCGAAGACUGCACUUCGCCUCUACCGCAAAUACCUCGAACUUGAACAGCGUGACGAAAUCAAUGCCGCGCUCACCGAACUGUACGAAGUCGGGAAGAAAUAUAACUGGAAAGUCCCGAAGGACGGCGCCGGUGGUGGAUACAGCAAUGCCGGCACGCCAGCUGCACCACUUGAAUGAAUGGCAGAGUGAACAGCUCGACUUGAUGCUGUGGAGAGAAAGAGACAGAGAGAGAGAGAGAGAUAUUCAUUGCUACGUUGAUAUAGGAAAAAAGGCAUCAAUGGACUUAACAUGAGCGAAGAACAUGCGUAAAAGUUACUUGUUUAAUGUCACACUUAUGCAGAUGCAGGUGUAAUACUGCCAUACGAGGUAGUUUAAGCGGUAAUAAUAUAAGCCGCUAUUCGCUGGCGAUGAGCGGUGGUGAAAGAACAAAAGGAUCCUUUAUUUACAAAGAUAAUAAAAAUGAAGUCAGUCUGUUGUAUAUGUAACGUUAAUGUAAUAUUAGGUGCAAACUACCUGAAGAAACGGGACAAAUGCAUUUCGUUCUUACGCUUUUACCACUGUUGUAGUAGCCAGAUUGAACCUCGUCAAAACAAGAAAUAGUCUUUAGCAAGCCUCGCCGUAAUUAUGUACGUAACAAGUAAAUAAAUUAGAAUAAAAAAAUAUAUAUUUUUUUUAAAUAAGAAACGUA